GGCUGAACUUCACAACUUCAUCUCGGGCAGAGAACUGUGGUGAAACAGCUGCAACAUGUUCCCGCUCAAACUGAUCAUUUUUGUUGCCUUGGUUUCCAUUGUUGCUGCAGGACCCUGGGCACAAAUAUGUGCUGGGAAUCCCAAGAACGCAAUAAGAGGUUGUGACAGAUGGGGCUGUGGACGUUAUAAUGCUCCAAGACCACCCAGACUACACAAAGGAGUGGAUGUAAAGUGUACUGAUGGAUCAGAAGUGUAUGCACCUUUCAGUGGUGUGAUUAAGCAAGCUACCCCCUACCCUCGUGGAAAGAAUACUGCCAUUAAUAACGGCCUCAAGAUUGAGGGAUCAGGUUACUGUGCUCUUAUGUUCUACUUCAAGCCUUAUAAAUACAACGGUCGAGUCACCAAAGGGCAAAGAAUUGGACGAAUGCUGCGAAUGCAAAGUGUAUAUCCUGGUAUGACAUCUCAUGUUCAUGUCCAGCUUUGCAACCUCUCCGAUCCCACUCGCAAUUUAUAAAUGGAAAAUGUACAAAGUCUCAAAUAAAAUCAUAUGAGCAAAUAAAAGCAAAUUUCUUCUCCUCCUCCAAA